AUGCGGCGCUCCGUCUGCCACAGGCGGUUCGAAGAGGAGGAGCGGCAGCUGCGCGAGAAGCGCGAGAUGAUCCGGCUGGCGCUGGACGACGAGAAGAAGAUCUGGACGCGCUCAUCGCCGGCCGACCCGUACUACCAGCGCCACCCCCAGGACACGCACGUCAUGGUGGCCACGGAGCGCACGCGCGCCCAGUGCGGCCGCUUCCGCACCGAACUGGCGGAGCGGGCGGCGCGGGCGCGCGCCGAACUACCGCCGGUCGCCCUCACGCCGCCCGGCAGCCGCUGUCGCCUGCACAACUGCGGUGGCAGCGAGAGCGACGAGACGUCCAGCGACUCGGAGAGCGAAGACGAGACGGUGCUGGUUACAUGUGGCAGCGAGAGCGACGAGACGUCCAGCGACUCGGAGAGCGAGGACGAGACGGUGCUGCUGAAUGAGGAGCUCGAGCGCAAGAGCCGACACCCGUACCGCCUGCACCCGGAGCUCUGGUACAACGACCCCGGAAAGAUGAACGUGGGUGACGUGUGCCGGUGCAGCAUCAAGUCGCGCCAGGCCGGCAUCCGACACAACAUCUACGCCGGCGAGGAGGCGGUGCCGCGCUGCGACCCCUGGACCAACAACGCCGACCGCCUCUUUCACUACCGCGUGCUCAUCUGUCCCCCGACCAACUUCCUGGUCAGCAGCCCGACCAGCAUCCAGCACGACGGGCACGAGUUCAUCUUCGAGGGCCUCUCGCUGCUGUCGCACUACCGGCUGACCGAGCUGCCGCCCUGCCACAUCAUCCGCUUCAACAUCGAGUACACGGUGCUGUACAUCGAGGAGAAGCUGCCCGACAACUUUGUGCUGGAGGAGGUGGAGCUUUUCAAGAGUUUCCUGUACGACAGUCUGCUGGAGAUGGUCGACCUGGACCUGUUCCCGCACGCUGACGCCGACAAGCAGGGCUGCCCUGUGUUCCACCUGUUCCCCAGAUUCGUUCGCGACAUCGCCGACAACGGCAAGGAGAUUUUGUCGCUGAACGAGGUGCUGGCGUACCUGCUGCGGAGCGACGGCCCCCUGGUGGCCGACGACGAGCUGGCGGCCGUGGCAGCGCUGCCGCUGUGGGAGUGGCAGGCGCGCGCCGACAAGGUCCGAGGGAUGCUGGUGACGCACCCGGGCCGCAAGCCGAGCUGCAUCCGGCUGGACCAGCUGGACCGCGAGGUGCUGCCCGGCGGCGAGCAGCCGGCCGAGGGCGAGCUGCACCACCCGGAGAUCGUGCACUUCGGCAUCCGGCCCCCGCAGCUCAGCUACGCCGGCAACCCAGAAUAUCAGAAAGCGUGGCGCGAGUACGUCAAGUACCGCCACCUGCUGGCCAACCUGCCCAAGCCGUCGAUGGAGGACAAGCGCAAGCUGAUGGCCAAGGAGUCGCAGCUGCAGAACUUGCGGCUGCAGGCGAAGCUGAAGCGGGACGUCACCGUGUCCGUGUCGAGCCAGGGAUUCCGCAAGACCGGCCUCAUGGCGGACGUGGUGCAGCACGCGCUGUUCCUUCCGGUGCUGGUGUGCCACUUGCGAUUCCACAAGUCGCUGGACGUGCUGGAGGAGACCAUCGACUACCGGUUCAAAAACCGCUGGCUGCUCCAGCUGGCGCUGACACACCCCAGCUACAGGGAGAACCACGGCACUAACCCGGACCACUCGCGCAACUCCCUCUCCAACUGCGGCAUCCGGCAGCCCGAAUACGGAGACCGCUGCAUCAACUACACCGCCUCGCGCAAACGCGGUCUGAACAUCCUCAUCAACAUCAUGUCGCAGUUCGGCAAGAAGGAGGCUACCGAGAGUCGCAUCACCCACAACGAGCGGCUCGAGUUCCUCGGCGACGCCGUUGUCGAGUUCCUCACCUCCAUCCACCUCUUCUUUAUGUUUCCGAACCUAGAGGAGGGCGGUCUGGCCACCUACAGGGCAGCCAUCGUGCAGAACCAGCACCUGGCCGUGCUGGCGCGCCACCUGCGGCUGCACGAGUACUUGCUGUACGCGCACGGCUCCGACCUUUGCCACGACCUCGAGCUCCGGCACGCCAUGGCCAACUGUUUCGAGGCGCUGAUGGGCGCACUCUUCCUCGACGCCGGCAUAGAGGUGGCCGACAAGGUCUUCUCCCGCACGCUGUACGUGGACGACGACCGGCUGCUGGCCAUAUGGCAGCACUACCCGCCGCACCCGCUGCAGGAGCAGGAGCCGCGCGGAGACCGCAAGUGGAUCGACAAGUUCCCACGGCUUCAGCAAAUGCGCGAGUUCGAGAAGCUGGUGGGUGUCGAGUUCAUGCACAUCCGCCUGCUGGCGCGCUCCUUCACCGACCGCAGCAUCGGCUUCAACAACCUCACGCUGGGCUCCAACCAGCGGCUGGAGUUUCUCGGCGACACCGUGCUCCAGCUUAUCGCUUCGGAGUACCUGUACCGCCACUUCCCCGAGCACCACGAGGGGCACCUGUCGCUGCUGCGCUCCUCUUUGGUCAACAACCGAACACAGGCGGUGGUGUGCACGGACCUGGGCAUGACGGAGUUCGCCGCGUACAGCCACCUCAAAACCGAGAUCAAGAUGAAGGACAAGGCCGAUCUGUUGGAGGCCUUCAUCGGCGCGCUCUAUGUGGAUAAAGGCCUCGAGUUCUGCCGAAAGUUCUGCGAGGUCUGCUUCUUCCCGCGCCUGCAGCUGUUCAUCCUAAACCAGGACUGGAACGACCCCAAGUCGAAGCUACAGCAGUGCUGCCUCACGCUGCGAAACAUGGACGGCUCGGAGCCGGACAUCCCCGUGUACAAGGUGAUCGAGUGCAUGGGCCCGACCAACACGCGCGUCUACUCGGUGGCCGUGUACUUCCAAGGCAAGCGGCUGGCCAAGGCGUCCGGCCACAGCAUCCAGAUGGCCGAGAUGAACGCUGCUACCAUGGCGCUGGCCAACUGCAAACACCUGUUCCCGCAGCUGGACCACCAGAACCGUGUCAUCGCCAAGAGCAUUCGUAUCCAGACUAAGCGGCUGGAGGAGCAGCUGGCUGACGGCUGCGGCGCCGCUGCCGCCAGCUCCAGCUCCAGCUCCGUGCCGCACGAGUAGGGCUCGCGCCUUGCCCUUGGCGCCCGGACGGUUGUGGCACCGGCGGCGGUGUCCGGCCUGC